AUGACGCAACAGCAGCCUGAUAGUGUCUCCUCUGGCAUUGCUCCAGUGCCUCCCGCCACCCCUACAUCCACCCAUAGGAGACGUUCCUCUGUCGGGACCAUCAAACUCGGUGAUAGCGCCGUGCCUAGUCUACAAUCAAGAAGAUCGAUUUCCGAUAUUAAUGAAGCUGAAAAGUACCAAUUGAAGGAAAUCAACAGGACUUCCCAGAGUGUCGACGACAUGGAGGUGUCGAAGAAGCUCUUCACCUUUGUCAAGAUUUUGUGCUAUAGACAUACCUGGUUUGCGCCUCUUUUGGUUCUCAUUUCCGCAAACGUUGUCUACCUCUUAUCCAACAACUACACGCCUUCGAACCCUCUCCACAGAUUCCUGAAGUUGUCCUAUGAGGUCCCCAACACAGACCCUCCUCUUUAUGAAAAGGGUUGGAAAGACUUUUGCUUUGUCUUUUAUAUGAUUAUAUUCUUUACGUUUCUAAGAGAGUUCACCAUGCAGAUUUUUUUACAACCAUUGGCUAGAUAUUUCGGUAUCAGGGGGAAGUCCAGAACAUCCAGGUUUGUUGAACAAACCUAUGCUAUCUUCUACUAUGGUAUCACCAGUCCCUUUGGUUUGUACCUAAUGAAACAUUCUCCAAUGUGGUUCUUCAAAACAGAAGAGUUCUUUAGAGAAUACCCUCAUUUACAACACACUUGGCUAUUCAAAUACUACUAUCUCUUCCAAGCAGGUUUCUGGUCACAACAGGCCUUGAUUCUCACCUUGCAACUCGAAAAACCAAGGAAAGACUUCAAAGAAUUGGUCUUCCAUCAUAUUGUCACAAUCUUAUUGAUCUCAUUGUCUUAUAUGUUCAACUUCACUUGGAUGGGCUUGGCCAUUUACAUAACCAUGGACGUGUCGGAUCUCUUCCUUGGCACCUCCAAAACGUUGAACUACAUUGGCUCACCUCUAGAAGUGCCCUUCUUCUUGCUCUUUGUUGUCGUCUGGAUCUACACUAGACACUGGCUAAAUUUGAAGAUCCUCUAUUCAGUCAUGACAGAGUUCUUGACUGUGGGUCCAAACGUCUUGGACUUUGCCUCCCAGCAGUACAAGUGCUGGAUCUCGCAACCAAUGGUGUUCACCUUGAUUCUGGCCUUACAACUGGUCAAUGCGUAUUGGUUGUUUUUGAUUUUCAGGAUCCUAGUGAGAUUUGCCAUUUACAACGUCAAGAAGGACGAGAGAUCAGAUGAUGAGGAUGAAGAUGAGGAUGAAGAGUAA